AUGGGCGCUGCCCUGGCCACCGCUCCAAUGUCCACGCGGAAAAAGGGGGGAGGGGGAGGGGGAGGCCCCCUCGAACCAGGGUUCAUCGAACCCGAAUGUUCGAAUAUCUGUCGAGGAGAGGACACCGGUUGUACCAGGAACCGAGAACAAAGUACCGGGUACCAUUCACUCAGGAGGCCCCCCCCCUUGCCAGAUAAGGGCGGCCACCCCCCCUCCCCCCUCCCUCCCUACCUUCGUGAGCGUCUCGUCCCACAAACGAGCAGACGGAAAUCGCGAGUCCUCGACGUCCUGGCUAAUGAUGCUGCACGUUGCCCUCUCUGCUUAUGGAGAAUAUGUCGGAUCUUCGACUCUACGCCGUUCUCCACCGACUCGAUGGGGAGGAGAGAGAGAGAGGAUUCGUGCAUCAAGAUCGGAUCGAUUCUCAAGAACGAGAAAGUAAUGGCCCAUGAAAAUUCACGAGGUACGGAGCAGGGAGCGAGAUAGGCUGCGUGGUAAGGAAUAUUCCGUGCGUCGAGAAGGAGAGUGGUAUACGACUGGUAGGCUAGUCCUUUAUCCGGCCAGGUGAAAUUCGAAAAGAGUGGUGAUGCAGACGUGGAAGGUGCAGUCGCAGUGAAACGACCG